UCAUAAUUUAUAGGUAUCAGGUAUUAAUUCAACAUUUAUUUGUCGAAUUUAUUAGGCACCUAUGUUCCAGUCCACAUAACCAGGCAGAGGGAUACAAAGCCAUCUCUACUGUGACCACGUUGGUCAGAGUUAACUUCCUCUUCUACACUUCCUACUGAUCUCAUCAAAAGUCACUUGACAUUUAAAAACCACCGUCCCAUUAAAAGGGGAACUGACUUCUCAAACCUCUGUGUUCACUCUAAGCACCCUGAAACAGAAAGGGAGCAAGCAGAUCAUAUGGAUCUCAAAUUGUGUCAUUUUCCCACUAGGGGAAAAGUUGGGAUUCUUUGAGCUUGCAAUGUCUUUGUGGCCCUUUUGAAAUCUAGGAAUACUUUGUGUCCAAGUGUGGUUGGAAGAUGAGAAGUAGAUGGUCUGAGAACAGCCUCUCACUGGAACUUGCUUAUUCAUUCUCUGGGACCCUACUCAAAUGCUAGUUUCCCUGUGAAUCUCAACCCUCUUUUCCGGCUUGGAAUUAACCACUUCUCCUCUGCGCACAUUGAGGAACUGCCUACCAUGCAACCUUCUGAGGUCCCCAGUUGAGAUGUUGCUAUGAGGACAGAUUCAUCAAAAAUGACGGAUGUGGAGCCUGUGGUCAACAAUUUCGCAUCAUCAGCAAGGGCAGGCCGCCGGAAUGCUCUACCAGACAUCCAGGGUUCACCCACCACGGGUGGAACUUCGGAGCUGCCCCUCAAACUGGAAGCCCUCUCCGUGAAGGAAGAUGUGAAAAAUAAAGAUGAAGAAACAGCGCAAGACCAAUCAGAAAAGCCUGAAGAUGAAGGAAAAUGAAGGCUCAUAACCUAUCAAAAGUGCCGAAUUUCUGCACGUUAAAAGACUUAGUGGCUCUGCUUUCCUGAGAUGUUUGAUCUGGUAGUAACUAUGGUAACAUUGCAGCCCUAAGCAACAUUUAUUGUAUUAGAUAAUUUUGUUGUGACGCUACUCACUUGGAUUGCAACCGUGAUGUCCAAUGUAGGUUAUUAAAAGGUAGAUUACUUCCGAAUUGCACCCAAGAGAGAGGUUAAGAAUGUAUGGUCACUUAAAUAGGUAUCGUUGUCCAUAAACCCAACAAAAUCCACUGUUCUCUUCUGGAUUUCUUUAGCCACCUGCAAUUUUAAUCCCAUUUUUAUGGUAAUGGGUAAACCAUGUCUUGGUAAAUAUAAACCAAAUACUAUUAAUUUAAAACUUUAUGGAAUUUGUAGGAAAUUAUGUUUUUUUGGUGACAAAGACUCAUAGAAAGUCAAAAUACAUAGAUAAAAGUAUGGUUGUUUUUUUUUUUAACCAAAAAUGUACCAUUUUUUUCCACCAGACCCUAAAAAGAUCUGGACAAACAGUGAAAGUUUGACAGUCCAAACAUCUCUAGGAAGUUUUUGUUUGAUGUAUUUUGCUUCUGGUCUAUGCAUACUGUGUUUUUUCAUGUGGACUCUUAAAAUGGAAAAUUUGUGGCAAAUUGUUUAUAUGGAAUAUACCUAUUAAAUGAAUCUCACUAUCUUCCUUAACUUUGGUGUGUGUAUGUGUGUGCACAUGUUUUUCUUUAAUGUGAAUUACACAAAACACUUGUUGCUUUAUACUGUCUUUUCUUAUUGUUAGGGCUUUUGUGUAUAUGAUCUGUUUCUAAAAUAAUUGCCUCAGGAAUGCAGACCUUAAUUUUUAUAUCUUUCCUAAACUAGCUAACAUAAUCAUAGGCACUUAAGUAUUUAGUGAAUGGUGUAGGUAGAAAUAGAAAAAGAUUUGCUUUUAAUAUAUAUUUGAGUAUAUAUUUUAAAAGGAAUGAAGCCAAAACCAAAGCUUUAGUAAAUUUUGAUUUAUUAGACAUUUUAGGAAAAUCAUAGAAUUCUGAAUUUUUAAAGAAAAUCUGACUAAUGAAUUUAUUUUUAUUUUCAGAUAUAUAUGCAUGCAGUGAUAUUUUAUUUCAUUGUUGACUUAGGACAUGUCUGUAUACAGUAAUCAAAUAAACUCACUAUUAAAGAAACUUACUACUGA